AUGGCUACUAAAAUACCUUGCGCUAAUCCAAAUUGUGCAAAACACAUUGGUAUAUUUGCGUGUCAAGGAUGUAAACAACUGUUUUGUGGAAAACAUUCUAAUGAACAUCGUCAAGAAAUUACAAAUCUCCUCGAUAAUAUUAUGUGUGAACAUGACUCAAUGCUUCAGCAACUACACCAGACUAUGACAAAUGUAUUGUCUCAAAAUUCGUUACUAGAUCAAAUUAAUAAAUGGGAAAAUGAUUCAAUAAAUAGUAUUCAAAUAGCUGCCAAGGAAGCGCGAGAUAUUGUUGAACAAAUUAUCUAUCAAAAGAAGGAAGAGGCAGAAAAUGAUUUUCGUGUAUUAUCGAGCGAGUUAAAACAGCGACGAGAAAAUGAUGAUUAUGUUGAAACGGAUAUAAAUGAAUGGAAAAACGAAUUAUAUAGAAGGAGAGAAAAAUUAAAUAUAUCUGAUAACAUUGGUAUUGAUAUUGGUUCAUCAGUUCCAAAUCCCAUUAAAUUGAUAUGGAAUCCAAUAACACAACAGAAUUUACAAUCAGGAAAGGAAAAAUUUAGCAAAGUUUGCGGUGAUAUAAAACUAGAAUGUAAUGGUCAGAUAGCUAUUCAUAAAGGUAUGGAUUGCACUCAUCCAAGUGUUUAUGGUACAAAUAUAUAUUUAGAUGGUGUUCAUGAAAUUUCUAUUCAUGUUCAAAAAUUGGAACGCCUUAGAAAAUGGAUCUUUUUGGGUAUUACAUCAUUGUUAAAACCAAUGAGAGCCAAUCCCUUUUCAUCAUCGUCGGCUAAUGGCUGGUUGUUUUCUGAUGGUAUAGCAAAUGCAGUUGAGUGUAAUGAUAAAAAAUCAGUUGCACAAACAAACGCUAUUAUGUGUCAGAAAGGAGUAGGACACGAUAUUCAUCUUAAUUAUAAUAUUAAUGAGAAUGAUAUAGUUAAAGUAGUUUUAAAUUGCCAAAAGAAAAACAUUCAAUUAACUCAUACAGGCAAGCUUGUGUCCCAAAUAUCUGUUGAACUUGAAAGUUGUCCAUUUCCGUGGCAACUAUUUGUUAGUCUUGGUCACACCAAUGAUUGUAUACGAAUUGUAUAA